CCUCCACCUCCCUCCCUGAUAGAAGAGAGAAAGAAGAAGAAGAUUCUAGAAGUCACCAGAGAGAUCACUGAGCUGCUGACAGGAGAGGUUCCUAUAAGGUGUCAGGGUGUCACUGUCUAUUUCUCCAUGGAGGAGUGGGAGUAUUUAGAAGGACACAAGGAUCUCUACAAGGACGUCAUGAUGGACAAUCAGCCGCCCCUCACAUCACCGGAUGGAUCCAGUCAUGGGAACCCACCAGAGAGAUGUCCCCGUCCUCUGUAUUCCCGGGAUUCCACACAGGAAGGUCACACCAUCCCUCACCAUCAUCAGAGUGGAAACCUGAGAGAUCCUAAAGUUGAGGUUAAAGAAGAGAUAAAAGAGGAGGAGGAUGAGGAUGGGGGGAUGGAGGAGUCAGAGAUUCCAGAAGAACACAAAGAUCUGUACCAGGACACCAUGGUGGAGUCAUCCAGCUACAGGAACCCACCGGAGAGAUGUCCCCGUCCUCUGUAUUCCCCAGAUUCCAUCACAGGAGGGUCACACAAACCCAUCCCUCACCAUUACAAGGAUGAAGAUCUGAUAGAUAUAGAAUUUGAGGUGAAAGCAGAAGAAGAAGAGGCGUAUGUGAGGGAUGAUCAGCAGUCUAUGGAGGAGGAUGGAAUAACGGGGACAUUUAUAGAGGAGGACACUCCUACAGAGAUCAGCACAGUCCAUGGCCGGGAGAUGAGGAAAACCUCCGAGGAUUGUCUCACUUUGUCUCCAGACUGGAAAGUAGAAGAUGAGGACAUCACACAGUAUAGUCCAGGAGAAAACCCGGCUCCCUCCAAUGUCCAU